AUAAUAUCCGGUCCAUCAGCCUGCAGUGAGUUGCAUUGAAAUGGAUCAUCAUAGGUUGUUAGUGUAGGAGGUUGUGAUAUAUCAGAAAUGCUCUGACGUCUCUCUUAUAACGAGCCUGACAGAAGGUUGGAAAGUUUCACCAAGUCUGAGGCGAACUUAACGUCAUCAUGAAUUACGACAAUACAGACGCUGACAAAAGCUUUCAAGGUGAUGAUGAUUACGAGAAGAAGAGUCGUCGUACCGAUCUCCUACUGGGCAAGAAACGGGAGAGCAAGAAAGGAAGUCGAUAUGUAAUGUUUGAUGAAGAAGACUCGGACGAAUCAUCUGUCAUAUCGGAGGAUAUUAAAAGUCCAUCUAAAAUGAAAAAAAGUAAAGCGUUCAGAUUUUCUGCGAAGAAAAAGGAAAAGGAUGAAAAGAAAGAAAAAGAACCAAAAAAAGAUGAAAGAGACAAAGAAAAAAAGAAGGAGGAUAAAGAAGGGAAGAAACUCAAGCUGAAGACAAAGAAGAAGUCAAAGCAUUUACACGUACAUGAGGAACCGACCAAAGAAGCUGCCAUGGAGGUAGAGAAGCCUAUAUUCGGUGUACCGUUAGCUGUUGCCGUGGAGAGGAACCGUAGUCAUGAUGGGAUAGAACUACCAGCUCUAUUUAGAGACUGUGUCGACUAUAUAGAGGAGCAUGGCCUCCUGUGUGAGGGUAUAUACAGGAUAUCUGGGGUGAAGUCUAAGGUACAGAUGCUGAAGGACUGUUACAACAGACAGAACCCUGUAUACCUCGAGGAACACGAACCAAACAUCGUGGCCAGCCUGUUGAAGACAUUCCUCCGUGAACUCCCUGAGCCAGUCCUCACCACCAGUCUAAUGCCAAAGUUUGAGGAAGCUUCAGUGAUAAAGAAUGAGCGUCGUCGACUGGAACAGUUCAGUAAGCUGGUGUCGGACCUCCCCACAUGUAACCGACUCCUGCUGUCCUGGGUCAUAGUUCAUAUGAUGCACGUCAUCGAGAGACAAAAGGAGAAUAAGAUGACCCUACAGAAUGUGUCCAUCGUACUUAGUCCAACAAUGCAGAUCAGCCAUCGUGUUCUCAACGUCCUAUUCUCCCUGGCCAAACAGCUCUUCAAGGACGUCCAACUCAAAAGGUAUAAACCGCCACUUCGGCCGACAACUUCAAAAUGGUCGCUGGAACUCCCCGACAAUCCUGCUGGUCUAGAGGAAGAACUGGCCAAACAGGAGUCUCUCCUCAAUGCCCUUCAUCAGGAGGUCACCGGGGUCAAGGACGCCGACAAAGAGGAACAGCUCUGGGAGGUUCAGCGUGUCGUCACUGAACUCAAAAGAAAGAUCAAGUUUGCCAAGAAAGCUGCAGAUUCGGAGAAAAGACGACGAGAAAAGGAAGAACUCCGGAAAUCUCACACAGAAAAUGAUGACAUGGUUUUACGACUGGAACUGAGGGAAGCUCCAGUAAGGAAGCAACAAGCUCCACUUCCACCAAACGGCGACACAGCCAAUGAAAAUCCUCCAUCUGAAGAGCCGACCAAUGAAAAUCCUCCAUCUGAAGAGCCGGCCAAUGAAACGGCUCAUUUACCGAAGGGAGACAUUCAAGUUUGUCCUGUUCCUCCUGCAGCUGAGAAAACUACAAAGGAAUGUGAAGAAGAUCAGGGUAAAGAUGGUCAGACUGUAGUUAGUGAGUCGCCUGGUACUGCAGUAGAGACGGAUGUUCCAGAGGAUCCCGCUACAAGACCUAGGGAGGAGGAUGAAGAUGGAUGUGUCACACCAGUAAAUGUUCCUGAGGAACAACAAACAGAUACAGUUGUCACGACAACACAAGAGAGUGACACAAAGGGAGACAACUUUUCUGAGAAUGAAGAUACUUUUGAACAGCAAGUGGAGGACAUUUUAGAACAUGCUGAUGGUGAGAUUGAUAAAGAUUCCAGUGAUGAGGAAACAAAUGAAAUCAGUGUUAAAGUUGAACAUGUUAAAAGAGUAGGGUUUAAAGAACCGGAGGAUGCUGUCGCUUUUGAGGAAGAUGGCAGUCAAAAGGUCACAGAAUCAGGUGUUGAUAAUACAGGUAUAGAGGAAUCGGGCGUAGUGACCCCAACAAUGACAGAGGAAGCAAGUGUAGAGACAACAGGUGACACUACGACGAGUACAGGUGAGGAGGUUACAGGUGAGAUAACGAGGAUACCUGAGCCAAUCACUGUGAUGAAGACCCAGGAGGAGAUAGAGAGAGAGGCUGCCGCUCUGGAGGAAGAAAUCAUAAACAGGUGUAAAGAGGAUGUGGCAGAAUUCGGACAACCAAGGGAGGUAAUCCUACUGGAGGAUGAAGUUCUGAGUGAAGAAGAUGAAGAGAUUAUUAAGCUCCAGGAAGAAGACAACGCCCUGAGACUGGAGGAGGAGGAACUACUGGCUAUAGAGAGUGAACUAAGGAAAAAGAUUGAGACGGAGCAAGGUGAGAUUGAGCGCCUGGACCAGGAGAUCACGGAGCUACAGUACCUGAGACACGACUCGGACCUCGAAGAUAUGUCAUCCAGCUCGGACAGUAGUUAUGAGAGUGAGGAUGAGGAGGACCUUCAGGAAAUCCUUAACCAGCUUAUCACCGAAAAUGAGGAGCUUGAGAAACAAAACUCAAAGAUGUGUUCCCAAAUUCAUGAAGAAAGGAUGAUAUGUCUGGAGGUCAAAGUUCAAAUCGGGAUGAUUCAACAGAAGCAACUGGAGAGUUCCUUGGGGAGUGAAUCUUUGCUGGAGAGAGAUCUGCUGCUAUUUUAAACAUUUCUAUAUAUAUAUAUAUAUAUAUACCACCAGACAUUUUACCCUAAAUGUGGACCAGGCCAGUGUGGAGGUUAGAUGUGAUAGAUUCUACAUACAUUUAAUAUGUAAAGGACCUAGAUUCUGGAUCAUAAAACAGACUUGAGCCACAAUUUCAGUUGCUAAGAAAGAAGUGCUGAGUGUUCUGGUAUCUUCCUUACCUGAAAUAAGUGUGUUCAUUCUCAGACUUAGAAUGAUUAAUUCUCUGAUUUGAAUAAGUAAGUUUUCUGACAUUGAGUUUUAUUACAGCAACAAGUUAUCAUUUUUACAGUGAAAAAGGAUCAUUCCGGACCUAGAGAGCCACCCUAUACAUUGUCUUGACAGGUUAUGCUGUAAAGUGUUUUCAUCUACAGUGAAGAUUUAUCUUUUAUAACCUGAAGCAAAGCAAAAGAAUUAUUAAUUGUGUUGUAGGAAAUUUCUCACUGUCGAGUGCAGGAGAACAUAAAUCUCAGUGUUAUUGUCCCUAUCUCAAGCUAAGGUAUUCAAAACCUGAUCCACUUAGUAAAAAUUCUCAAAAAUGUUUCACUUUGAAAGAUGAAACAUAGAUACUCGUGUAUUUGAUAAGUUACAAAGAUGACUUGUUAACAUUACCCACAGUAGAUAGUAUAGAUGUUUGUUAUAUAUACUAUAUAUUACCAACAUGAUCAUAUGUUAUUCCAGGUAUUCAUCAACAUUCUUUAACAGAAAAUAAUUGCUUGAGUUGAAAUAUUCCAUGGGAAAACCCUAUUAGGUUUUAUAACAAAUCUGAGUUAAGGAACUUUCCUUAAAUUCUUUAAAGCUUUCCUAUGGGCAAUUUUAACAUUAAAUUUCAAUAUCUGUUAUGGAAUUUCCUUAAGUUGAGGAAGUUGAUGCAAUUGGAGCCUGAUAUUCCACAGUGCAAUAUAUGUCUACUUGGACGAAAUCAUUCAGAUAUUUACUGGUGCUGUCCUACUGAAGAUUGUCACAAUAAAAAUGUUACAGGUUCUCUUUCCAAACUAGAUUGGUUUUCCGUACAGACCAAAUCAUUUUAUUCGUUCUUUUAUGUGUUUGAAUGCAUGUCAGAAAAAUAGUUUUCAUAUUUCGUAAUCGAAAUUCACGAAUUUUCAUCGACAAAACCCGAUAUCUUUUAUUUCAGAACAUUGUCUUGGAAAAACUAUUAUCGUUAUAAUCAACAGAAAUAGGCCAGAUUAUGGCUUAAAAUACUCGCAUAGUCGCAUUCAAAUUUUAUGCAAAACUAAAUUGAAACAGAUUAAUGCCGUGAUGAAUUAGUGUACUAACAGCAUUUGCAGAAGAAAACAAUAUGCAUGAAAUGUAAUUAGCAUUAGCAUUUUAAUUUAGAAGAAGUCUUUCAACGCAAAAAAACCCGAAAAUAAGAUUACCACUCACAUAAGAUACCGCUAAAAAGACUGUAUAGGAAACAUGUUCAAACAUCUUAAACACAGAAGACGAGUAGUCAACAUUUCAUUCAUAUUAGUCUUUAAUUUCAAAGGUCAUGUCCGAUGCUAAAUUACUAACUCUUAUUGAUUUUUGGAUGAUAAUUCGUUUGCAUAUAUUAUGUUUUAUGUUGUGUUGUUUCAGAAUAUAUUAUGUUUUAUGUUGUGUUGUUUCAGUAUUUUUAGAUAAGAAUGGCGAGAGAGAGAGAGAGAGAGUGAUUCAUCAGGCAGAUGAAAGAUAAUUGUUCACGUUUUGUCAUUUUCUUGUAUCUUAAUAUAUCCAGUCUUGUAAGAGUGAAUUAUAUGUUAUAUGUUUGUGUUUUGUUGUGUUGUUGCUUGGUAAGUGUGUCACACAAGAAGUGAUGAUUCAUCGGGCAGAUGAAAAAGUGUGGUUGGGAUUGUAUCGACCUAUUUGUAUCUAUAUAUGUCUAGUCUUGUAAGAUAAAAAUAAAAGUUGAGAAUAUUGGUGUUUAUUUCUUGAGGAUGGUGGAUGGGGUCGUCUAGAGUCCUCUGGAAAUCUUGUAACAUCAACCCUCUCAGCGGUGGUGGCUGAGUGGUUAAGGUGUCCCGACACGAAAAUAAAGAGAGCUUAUAUCACCCGAAGUGAAAUUAUACUUUUAUACUUUAUGAUUAUGAAUAUCAUGAGAAAUCCCUGAUUUGUAACGUAUGAUAUGAUGUUAGUAUGGAGGUAUUGUGAGGACCCUUGUACCCUCAUAAAUAUAUUAUCUAGUAAAAAAGGAAAACAAUAAUAACGAAACCAAAAUGUAUAUAUUUAUUCUUGUGUAUUUGUAAUGUAAAUAUGUGAUUGUCGUUUGAUGAAUAAAACGAUAAAAAAGGUGUCCCGACACUUUAUCACUAGGUCCUCCACCGCUGGGUUGUGAGUUCGAAACCCACGUGGGACAGUUGCCAGGUACUGACCGUAGGCGUAGGUCUGUGGCUUUCCCCGGGUACUCCGGCUUUCCUCCACAUCCAAAACCAGGCACGUCCUUAAAUGACAAUGACCAUUAAAAGGACGUUAACCAAAAUAAAGCAAAACAAACCUCUCAACAUGAAUAUAAAUAUGUCUAGUUUUGUAAGAUAGAGAAAAGCAAGAGAAUAUUCGUGUUUAUUGGCAGAGGUUGAUGGGUGUGUGUUUUCCAGAAUACUCUGUUAACCUCCCUGUCUCAACCAUGUCAAACCUGAUCUAAAAUAUCCUCAUUUGUAAGACGGAGAAAUACGUCAGCAUUUUCAUGUUGUAGGUGAUGGAUUGUUGAUGUCGCAAACCUCGCAUCAGCCCUCUCAAACAUGAUCUUAAAUGUCCUGUUGAGAGAGAAAUUCGUCAGCAUAUUGAUGUCUUCUACGUUGGUACAUGAAGUGUGAUGGAUUGCGGAUGACCUUGAUAUUCGCAAACCCUUUGCAUCACCCCUCUCCAACGAAACUAGUAUAAAAGUGACUAAAUACACGUAACAAAUAUUUUAUUUAUUACAAUUUAGAAGUACAUUAGUCAUGUGAUGUUGUAUUCGUCUAGUGCUAUUUUCAUUGAGAGAUAUAAGCUUUGUUACAUGUAAUAAAUGAAUAAAUGGUAAAAAGUA